UCAAUGAAAACUGCCUGUUUGCAGCUAUAUGGAGAUUGCAGGCACCACAAUUACUAUUUCCUCUCCCUGACCUGGAGCAGCAACUCCAUCAGCAGGAUAGAAAGGUAGUCUUGUUGCCUAGCAAAGGUGGGAUGAUUUAUCUGUGUGUCUAGAUUGGUCCCUUUGCUGCAAAGAGAAUUGCUUUCAGACUUCCAAGGAGAAUGAAGCCAGGCUAGAAUUCGGAGUGGAUGUGGGAGAGCUGCUCUCCCAGGGAGUAGAAAGAGCCACAGGGUCUCUGUGCUUUCUGUUCCUGUGCAGCCCAGGACAAUGGUUUUGUCUGCUCCAGUUAUAGCCCUGGGGGCUACCUUAGGGACUGCAACUAGCAUCCUUGCCCUCUGUGGCCUCACCUGCUUCUGCAAAUGCAAGCAACCUGGGAAAGGACUCUCAGAAAAGGACCAAGAGGACGAGACGGAAAAUACUAAGCCCAGUGUGCUUCAGCCAGUCCAGCAAUUCAACAUUAAGAAAACUGCAGAGCCAGUCCAGCCUCGAGCACUUCUGAAGUUUCCCAACAUUUAUGGCCCCAAACCAGAAGUAACUUCACCUGAAAUUGUUAACUACACACAGUACUCUCUGAAGACAACAGAAGAAGCAGCUCCUGGAAAACACACUGCGUUGGAUGAGAAUAGGAUGAAGAUACAAGUCAAUGAGGAGCUGUUUGUUCUCCCUCAAAACGGUGUGGUCAAGGACGUGUGUGUCACGGAGCACCUGAAGCCCGAGCGGGCAGGCAGCGGGCAGCAGGCCCCCGAGCUGCACUACUCCCUGCUCCACGACCCACAGCGCGCCCAGCUGCGCGUGGCCCUCCUCCAAGCUAUGCAUGGCGGAAUGAGUGGGGACCAAGACACUGGCUGCCAUUGCUACAUACUGGGCACACUGGAGAGCAAGUCUGGCAUUGCUGAGGCCCAGACAGAGCUGAAGAAGAAGGUACUUCACACCCUUUGGGAGGAGGUGCUGCAAUUCCCAUUAACAGAGGAGGAGAUGCCAGGAGGAACACUGACUCUCACCCUGAGAAACUGUGACAAGUUCUCCAGGCACAGCAUUGUGGGGGAACUGAAACUGAACCUUGCUGAAAUGGAGGAAUCCUUUGGGAAGGCCCAGUGGGAAAGGCUGAAGAGCCCAGAGAAGGAGCCAUCCACGGGCCAUGGGGAGGUUCUGCUCUCUAUUAGCUACCUGCCAGCAGCCAAUCGCCUGCUGGUGGUGAUUAUUAAGGCUAAAAACCUCCAUUCCAAGCAGCUGAAAGAUCUACUAGGAAGUGAUGUUUCUGUCAAGGUGACACUGAGGCAUCAGUCACUGAAGCUGAAGAAGAAGCAGACCAAACGUGCAAAACACAAGAUCAACCCUGUGUGGAACGAGAUGAUCAUGUUUGAGGUGCCUCAUGAGCUCCUGCGUGCCUCCAGCGUGGAGCUAGAAAUGCUGAGCCAGGAUGGAGCUGGCCAGAGCCAUGUGCUUGGCAAGUGCAGUCUGGGCUUACACGUCACAGGCACAGAGAGGAACCACUGGGAAGAAAUGCUGAGGAACCCCAGGAAACAGAUAGCCAUGUGGCACCAGCUCCACAUGUAGGCUCAUCGUGAUUACUGACAACAAGAUUCCCAUCAGACCUCAGAGCCUGGGGGAGUAAGCUGGAUUUCAUCUUCCACCUUCACCUCCAUGAAAUUGCUCAGCACAGCACUCUUACUACAGCACCCUUCUCUGA